AUGUCUGGUGUCUGCGUCUACGUUAUUUGCUGUUUUCAUAUUCUCUCCGCAGUCAAUAUGGACCAAAUUACGCCGGCUAUCAUUGCAACAUGGCCACGACCAAAUUACGAUAACCCAGUCACACGACAGUCCGCUACCGAUGCCGUCAUUUACUCGACCACCAUCUUGAUGCUGCUUUUUAUCGGUGCUAGAUUUUAUGUUCGGGCAAAUUCGAAGACGGGCCUAGGACGAGAGGAUUGUCAUGUUGUUGGACGCCAUAUUUACGACGUUAAACCAGCGUGGAUUAUGAACUUUGCAAAGUUGAACCUGUCCCUUCUCACAGUCUCCAACUCAUGCAUCACUUUCGCCAAGAUUUCCGUCUGUCUGACGUACCUUCGCCUGUUCCCGUCGAAUACCAACAUGAUUUUUAGUUGGACGAUGAUCACUUACGUGGUAUUAUGGAACAUCAUCAUUUCGACACUUUAUAUUGUGCAAUGCAGUCCAAUUGAAUCUUUUUGGGACUUCACGAUCACCAAGAAGAAAUGCCUUGACGCUCGUGCUCUGAUAACAAUAAGCAUGGCCCUCAACGCUCUUUCCGAUGUCAUUGUCUUCCUCUGGCCCAUCAUGCCGUUAUGGGGAAUGAGGUUACCCUUACGAAAACGUAUGCAUCUUAUUUCAGUAUUUGCCUUCGGGGUCUUGACCUCUUUGGCUGGAAUUCUGAAGACUGUGUAUGCACAGUCAUAUUUUACAGAGUGGGAUAUCACAUGGCAUGCUGAUAAGAUUAUUAUCAUGUUCGCCAUCGAGUAUAAUGUUGGCAUCAUGAGUGGUUGUCUACCAUGUUUGCGACCCUUCCUUGCAAUGGUCCUCCCGCAGUAUUUUCAUUCGUCUUCCAGUGCAGAACAUCAAACCCAAAAGCGAAGUGAAGGAUCCUCCUGGCGACUGGCUUCCAUGUCUUCAAAGCGAGCCGCUCCUAAUAGGCUAGACUCGAAUGAACCUCAGGGGUGCGCCAAAGACUUCGAAAACACUAGUGUAAACAAUCUCAACGCCGCUCGAACUUGGACUACUAGUGAACGAGGUGCUCUGGACAGGGAGGUUGAAGUUAUGCCCGAUAACGGAAUUCGAAUCAUGAAGAAUACGACCAUACACGAAAAUAGAUGUCCCGCGGGAACCAAAGUCGCAGGCGACGCAAGUAGUGAGGAGUGGAUUAUGAAAAAUAGUCACGAAAUUGUAUAA